UGUUCUCUCCUGUCUCAGCAGUGUUCCAUAUUAUUUAUUUAAACUCCACAUCGUGCUUCAAAUCAUAUAUCACUAUAUGGAGUAAUAUACAGAUAAACUCAAGUUGAUUACGAAUUUCAAUUUCAAAUCAAAGAGCGUGUGAAUAUAGGAUUUUCAUCUCAAAAUGAAACUUAAAGUGUUUUUAUUGACUUUGGUGGGAUUUUGUUUGAAUGCCGAUGGCGCGAAAAUUCUUGGGAUUUUCCACAUGUGCGGUCCAAGUCAUUAUUUGGCUGGUAGCAGUUUGAUGAAAAUAUUAGCUGCUAAAGGACAUAAUGUAACAAUAAUAGCAGCUUUCAGUGAGAAAAAUCCACCUGAAAAUUACAACCAAGUGGUUCUAACAGGGCAAGCCGAGAAACUAAAAGCCCUCCGACCGAAUUUCUUCGAAACAUUCCACUUCACCCUCACCAGGCCAUUCAGCUUCAACAAAAUGAGCAUCUCCCUGAUAGAAGACAUGUUCAAUCAUACCGAAUUCCGCAAGUUCAUAAACAUCAACCAAACCUUCGACGCCGUCAUCAUCGAGGAAUUCCAAUCUGAGGCUGUCAAGUACCUGGCGCAUCAUUUCAAAGCCCCUCUUAUCAUGUACAAUUCUAUGGACACCAACGAAUGGACCAACCCAUACCAGGCAAACCCAGACAAUCCAUCCUACAUACCAAACUUUUUCCAUGAGUUCUCUUGUCCUAUGUCGUUCUUUGAACGAGUCCACAACACUCUGUAUUACGUUUACAGCAAUUUGAUUCGGGUUUGGAUCAAUAUCCCGAUGCAUAACAGACUGGUCCAGAAAUACUUCCCUGGGGCACCCCAUCUGGACGACAUAAUCUACAAUGUUUCGUUGGUUCUCUUGAAUUCGGAUGAUAGCGUUCAUAGUCCAAUUCCUAAAGUACCUAGUAUGAUCAACGUUGGAGGUUUCCACUUGAAAGAACCAAUACCACUUCCCAAAGACCUCCAAAAGGUCUUAGAUGAUGCCAAAGAAGGCGUUAUCUACUUCAGCCUGGGAUCCUUUUUGAAAGCUUCGACGAUGCCAAAAGAUAAACUAGAGAUCUUGCUCAGAGCGUUCUCAAAAUUGAAAGAAACAGUUUUGUUCAAGUUCGAAGAUGAAAAUUUACCUGGGAAGCCUGAAAACGUCAUCAUCAGAAAAUGGUUUCCACAGAGCGAUAUUUUGGGCCAUGGAAAUGUUAAGCUGUUCAUAACACAUGGUGGUAUUUUUGGUAUUUUGGAAGCAGUAUAUCAUGGUAUACCAGUUCUGGCAUUACCUGUUUUUGCUGAGCAAUAUAUGAAUUCGGUCAGAGCUGAAACCAAUGGAUAUGGGAAGUUUAUACCUUUCAAAAAACUCACUGAAGACAAAUUGACAACUCAUUUGAAUGAUGUACUGAGGAAUACAAAAUACAAGGAAAACGCAGUAAAAAGGUCUCAUAUCAUGAGAGAUAAACCAAUACCACCUAAGGAAGCUGUUAAUUUUUGGGUUGAAUAUGUGAUCAGAAAUAAGGGUGCUUCACACUUCAGGGUUGCAGCUUUAGAUCUAGCAUGGUACCAAUAUUUACUACUGGACGUGGUGAUAUUCUUAUUAGGCUCAGUUGUUUUAGUUGUACUGGUUUUAAAAAAUUUAAUCAAAUUUAUACUCAAGAAAAAAAUUGAGAAAGAAAAAAAAGAGUGAAUGAAGACUAUAAAGAAUAAUUUGUUA